UUUGACACCCCUGAUCUACGGAAACUGACACUAAUGUCGGUGGAUCUAAUAAAAAAAAAUUCUGCUGACAUAAUUUUCCACAAUCUGACAAAGCUGGAGGACUUGACAUGCUUGUCAGACAAUGGAAUAGACACACCUAACUUUGUCAAGUACACAGAAGCCAACUGCACAACAGAGAUAGACUUUAUUCACUUUACUGUGACUGGCCUGGGAGUCCUGUUCUUCAUGCUGGUGGUGUUUCUCCAUAACAUGUCUGGCCACUAUCUUCUUCCCCUCUACCACAUAACCCUUGGCUGGCUGUCAGAGGCCAUGAGAUCCAACACCAGGGGGCGCUACGACUACGACACCUUUGUCUCCUACAGCGGGAAGGACGAGCUCUGGGUGGUGGAGGAGCUGCUGCCCAACCUGGAGCAGAGGGGUCCCCCUUUCCUGAACCUCUGUCUGCACAGCAGAGACUUCCAGCUGGGGAAGGACAUUGUGGAGAACAUCACAGACAGCCUCUACCGGAGCCGCCACACCCUCUGUCUGGUCAGCCGCCACUACCUUCACAGUAACUGGUGCUCCCUGGAGUUGAAGCUGGCCACCGCCAGACUGCAGGUGGAGCAAAGAGACAUCCUCCUCCUAGUCUUCCUGGAGAAGAUCCCCCCUCACUGGCUCUCAGCCUACCACAGACUGACCUAUCUGGACUGGCCUCACACUGUAAAAAAUAUCUACUUGGUUCUACUUAAAAUCAUAAGUUAA